AUUUAUAGCUAUUUUCAGAAAACGCGCCAUUGUUAAAGUGCAACGAUAGGAUACGUACUUUCGUUAAAUAUAAGUUUCAGUGAAGGUAUUGAAAACGUUCUCCACAGACCACAACUGAGUCAAAGAUGGAUUCGGAACAGGCAGAAUCACACGAAGUAGUAGAAGAAGAAGACGUGGAGGAAAAUACUACAGCUCCAACGGAUAUAUGUGAUCCAUGUAAUCUUGCAAAGAAGCAAGUCCAAGCAGCAUAUUUUUGCGAGGAGUGUGAAGAACGGCUUUGUGAAAACUGCUUUACUGACCAUAAAACAAGAAAAGCUACAAAAUUACAUGACCCAGUAGGAACAAUUCCCAAACUAAGCACAAACAUAAAGCUGUGCGAACCUUGUGAAAUGGGAGGACGAUCUAACACAGCUGCUAAUUUUUGUGAAGAUUGUGACGAAUAUCUUUGUGAGGAAUGCACACAAGUUCAUCAAGUCAGAAAAGCAACCAAGUCCCAUGCACUCAUUCCGGCUUCCAUCAUAAAGGAAAGGGCAUGUCAAUCCGACGAAGUCCAGAAAUACUGCGAACCAUGCGAAUCGUUCGGAAAAAACAAAGAGGCAACAAAAUAUUGUGCAGAAUGUGACGAGUUGCUGUGCGAUGCUUGUACAGAAACGCACAGCAUGAGCAAAAUAACAAAGACACACGUUCCGAUUCCCGUUGCAAAGAUGCUUGAUUUAGAUGAAGCAAACCAAGCUAAAUUAUGUGAACCUUGUCAGAAUCUGAACCUCUCUGCAAAUGCUUCAAAAUAUUGCGAGGAAUGUAAUGAAUUGUUAUGUGAUGCUUGUUUAAAAGUCCACAAGUUCCAAAAUUCAACAAAGUCGCAUAAUCCUAAAGAACUUUCCGAAAAGACAGUUCAAAACUGUGACAUUUGUUUACAAAGAAGUACACUUGAACCUGCAAUACUAUAUUGUGAGUCGUGCAAUGAGGCUUUAUGUCAACCUUGCUCCGAACGACACAGGAAGCAGAAAGCAACCAAACAUCACACACUAGGAGGAUUAAGAGAUCGAAAUAAAACGUUUUUAUGCGAUCCAUGUUCUUCUAUAGGAGAAUCAAAUAAAGCAACAGAAUGCUGCAUCGAGUGUAACGAAUUUCUAUGCAUCUUUUGCAGUAAAAGACAUCGCCUUCAAAAAGCGACGAAAGAACAUUCUUUGACUUUCCCUGACGCAGACUUAAACAGAAGAAGGAAACCUACUUGCUUUCCGUGCAAGGAAAACGGAAUGGUCAAAACAGCGGAGCAUUUUUGCAAAAAUUGUGAUGAAAAUCUUUGCAUGAAUUGUGCUGUUAUGCAUAGAAAUCAAAAUGCAACAAGGAACCACGAAAUACUUGCAGCUGAAGACACACAGAUGACGGACAAUUAUGAAAAUUGUUCUCAGUGCAAGGAUAACGGUAUAACAGUUAUUGCUGCACAAUACUGCGAACAGUGUGAAGAAUAUUACUGCUGUAACUGUCGUGACAUGCACAAACGCAGCGCCGCUUCAAGAUCACACGAGCUUGUUGACAUCACUUUGUCCAAAGACACAGAAGUUUCAUGCGAUUCCUGCAAAUUGGCAGAAAAUGUGCACAAAGUGGCAGAAAUGUUCUGCUGUGAAUGUAAAGAACAUCUCUGCAACAAUUGCUGCAGCCACCACAUGCUUGCAAAGGUGUCUAAGGACCAUAAGUUGAUAACAGUAGCCGAAAGUGUAAAGCAUUCGAAGUCCACAAGUAAAUUAAAGCAAGAUAAGAGUAUACCAGGGAAACCCUUUGCAUCUGACAUUCGAGCAGACUCGCUUACACUUUCGUGGGAACCCCCGGCUUGCUUUGAAGAAACUCAUUACUACCAGAUCAGUUAUAAAGACGUUGAUACUGGUGGUAAAUGGAAAUUCCAUGCUGGCGAACAUUACAAAACAACAGCCAUUCUUACUGAUUUAAAAUCAAAUACCAAGUUUAUAUUUCGCGUACGAGUCGUUUAUGAAGAUGGUGAGGGCGCAUACAGUCCAAUCAGUGAUGAAUAUAUCACUUCAAACUCUCCUGCUUCCAGAAUCAUUGAAUUUGCCAGAAUAGUAGAAAAGGGAGAGCCGUCGCCAUCUAAACACGCCUUACCAAUAGUGGAAACUAGAGAUGCAAGAAAUGCUGUGGCAAAAACUAAAAAAUUUGAAAUAGGAUCUCCACCGAUGACAGUCGACAAAGAGAAAACAAUUAUGCUUGUCGGAGCUACUGGCACUGGAAAGAGUACCCUAGUAGAUGGAAUCGUCAAUUAUGUCCUUGGUGUCAGCUGGAGUGAUCCGUUCAGAUUUACAGUGAUAGACCUCGAACAGGAAGAAAAGGACAAAUUAAGGAACCAGGCUGUCUCCCAGACAGAGUGGAUUACUUGUUAUUCUAUAAAUCCGGAGAAAGGAAGCCGACUUCCCUAUCGAUUAAAUAUCAUAGAUACCCCUGGGUUUGGCGACACACGUGGUAUCACAAGAGAUCAAGAAAUUGUGGAACAAAUCCGUCAGUUAUUUUCAGAAAGUGGGUCGAAAGGAGUAUCGUGCAUAGAAUUAGUUUGCUUCCUUAUCAAAGCUCCAGAUGCUAGAUUAACAGCUGUUCAAAGAUACAUCUUCCAGUCUGUGAUGUCUUUAUUUGGGAAAGAUAUAGAACAGAAUAUAUGCACCAUGGUUACGUUUGCAGAUGGUAUUGAUCCACCGGCUUUAGCAGCUUUGAAGGAGUCAGAACUGCCAUUUGGUGAGAGUUUCACAUUCAACAACUCGGGUUUAUUUGCGAAGAAUGUUGACAUAAGCAGUUCGUCUCUGUCGCCGAUGUUUUGGGACAUGGGUUUAAAAAGUUUUCGGGAAUUUUUUCGACACCUUGAUCAAGUGCAGACGCGAAGUCUCCAGCUCACAAAGAAUGUUUUAGAUGAAAGAAGUCGCAUGGAGGCAACAGUACAAAAUCUACAGCCUCAGUUAGAUGCAGGACUUUCAAAAGUUGACCAGCUUAAGCAAGAAAUAAAGAUAUUUGAAGAUAACAAAUCGUUCAUAAAGGAUAAUGCUAACUUUGAAUAUGAAGUUGAACAAACCCAACACCGGAAGAUCGAGCUACCACUAGGUGAACACGUUACAAAUUGUACAUACUGUAACUUCACCUGUCAUCCUAAAUGCGCGCUUGCAAACGAUGAUGAAAAGAUAAAAUGUUCAUCUAUGGAUAGAGAAGGCAAUUGCCGCAUUUGUCCCGAGAAAUGCUUCUGGAAGAAACAUGCAAACACUCCAUACAGGUUUGAGUAUGAACAAGUUAAAGUGAAGAAAAAGUACGCAGAAAUGCAGCAGAAGUACAAAGAAGCGACAGGCAAGUUGCCAAAUCAAGAGCAGCUGCUAGAAAAGAUGGGAUCCGAAUUGGAUGACCUGUGCUAUGACAUAGAAGAUAUGAUGGUGGUAUUGAAAGAAUGCAACGAGCGCUUAAAAGAAAUAGCUCUUAGACCUAAUCCGCUUACGGUUACAGAGCAUAUAGAUCAGAUGAUAGAAAAUGAAAAGCUUGAGAAAAAGUCAGGCUUCAGCAAACGGGUCAGUGUACUGCAACAGUUUCGGAAAAGAGCCCAAAUAGGUACAGAUGCAGAAAUAUUCCAUAAAGAAGCGAGAACAACUUUAGGUGCAGUCGGUAGGGGAAGACAAAGACCACGUACUAGAAAUACACGGACAUUAAUGACGCGCAUGAAAGGAUGGAUUACAAACCCAUUUUCAAAAUCCUAACUAUGUAGCCUUAUCCUGAAAACGCGCAGUGAUACUUUCAAGUUCAAGUUCAGUUCAUGGAUAAGUCUCAUAAUACUUUCAGAAGUUCAUCUUAUGAUACAGAUAAAAACAAUUGGAAAUUCGGACGAAAUCGUCUGUUAUCAGAUGAUGAUUGAAGACAUAUAUGACAAUUAUUACAUUGUUGAGUUUUGCGCGGUAUUGUUUUGUAUUGUAUUGUAUUGUAUUGUAUUGUAUUGUACAUUUAUUAAAUGGCAAUGGCGUACCUUAGGUGGUUACCGGCACAAUUAAUACAAUAUCGGCCCGAGAUCCUAGCUAAUUUUGUUUUAACAGUUCCGAUAACCUGUGAAGACAGGUCAUUGCCGUUUAAUGAAUAGUUUCUCAUAUACAUAUAUAUGAGAAUUGCAUAUUGCCGUUUAAUGAAUGGUUUCUCAUA